CCUCACCAUACUUGAACGAAAUUUGCCUAUAUUAGCGAGACUGGGCAGCAGCAGCAGCUUCAGACUAUUGCCGACCUUCGUUGACAACGCCAAGGUUCACCAAGCUUUACUGCUCCUUCUGGACGAUUGACUCCGUCACCAGAGCGGUUCUUCAACAGGCGUCCAACAGUUGUCGCUGCACGCCUUUGACGCGCCUCUACUCGGUUCACUCGAGCACUUGGAAGCAACAUCGUUAGUUUAUACUUGAUUGGUAUAGAAGGUACAUUUACAAACGAGUCGUUUGAAGAGAGUUCGAUUUCGCUUCAGUUGGGCACCUUCUCAACUUUGGCCGAUUGCUGAAAACCGUUGCAGCUAAUUAUAACGGGCGCAAAGUUGCACGGUCGUGCCUAUCAUUCGAGCGCGAAAUCAUCGCAAAAUACGUUACAUUUGUUCGGUCUAACCCUGCGAGAUUCGACAGUCACUUUGCCAAAGUAGAAACGAGCUAUUGUACUUGGUCGGCAGCCGUAUACAAAUACAAAAGCAGCUACGCACGGUUGGUCUGUGGCCGUUGAAAGAUCUCUGCGGGCAAGUGAAAGGUCGUUGUUGAAUUAUCACGAACGUUGGUUCACUCGUCGACGACACAAACAAUGACAGAUGUCUUGGUUUUAGACAUGACGAUUCUGAACGGGCUUAUCAAUUUGACAGAAUUCAUGUUGUCCCAGAUGUCGGUGAUAACAAGUUUGGUCGAGGUAUUGCACGAAAAAGGUCUCGGCGAGCAAGAAAAAAGUGACUUGACAAAAAAAGUUUUCAAUAUGAUGACGCUGAUGGGCGAAGCUGUAACCUGUCUAGCUAAUACCUGCUUUAACGUAUCGUUCAAUCCAGAUUAUCACGAAGAAGCGAAAACAUUGCAGAUAAAAUGCGAACAGGCAGAGCCCAUCAUCACCGCACUUGAAAAAGCCCUAGUCAAAUGUGGACUGCAGGAAGAAAUACCGAAGCCAAAUCCGGACUUUGUCUAGGAUUUAUAAACGUAGAGUGGCAUUUUCCUGAUUCUCGGAAUGCGCGGGUGGGCCCAGUCCUAUAGCAGCAGCGGCGCAACCUUCGGACAUCACCGACGACAAGCCCAAAUCGACAACGCUCUGCCGGGGACGACGCCAUACAGGGGAUACUACCUUCUUGACUGCCACUAUCGGUCUUACU